CUCGCUGAAAAUCUGAGCAAAUCUGUGCUCUUUUGCUGACAUUUAAAGUAGGACAUCCCAGGAGUUCCCUGAAACCCAUCAAAGACAGGGGUGAAAUUCAUCCGUUUCAAAAUGUCAUCCGUCAAACAUUUGGUUUAUGCUGUCAUCCAUUUCUUGAGAGAGCAGAGUCAGAUGGAUACUUUCACUCCGGAUGAACAGGAGAGCUUGGAAGUCGCAAUCCAAUGCCUAGAGACUGUUUUUAAGAUUAGCCUGGAAGAUACUCAUCUUGCACCUCCGCAGCAUUUGAUAGAGAUGUUCGCAAACUCUUUUCACAAGAAUGACAUGCUGCCUCUCUCAGAUUCUUUACCAGAGGAUAUUGAAAAGGCUGACCAGCUGAAGGAUGAAGGUAACAAUCACAUGAAAGAAGAAAAUUAUGGUGCUGCAGUGGAUUGCUAUACUAGAGCUAUAGAACUGGAUCCAAACAAUGCAGUCUAUUACUGCAACAGGGCUGCUGCUCAAAGUAAGCUCAACAAGUACAGUGAAGCAAUAAAGGAUUGUAAGAGAGCCAUAGAAAUAGAUCCAAAAUACAGCAAAGCAUAUGGGAGAAUGGGGUUGGCUCUGACCUCAGUGAAUAAAUAUGAAGAAGCAAUUACCAGUUACCAAAAAGCACUCGAUCUUGAUCCAGAAAAUGACUCUUACAAGUCAAAUUUGAAAAUAGCAGAACAGAAGCUAAGAGAUGUGUCCAGUCCUACUGGAACCGGACUGAGUUUUGACAUGGCAAGCCUGAUAAACAAUCCUGCCUUCAUUAGUAUGGCAGCAAGCCUAAUGCAGAAUCCUCAAGUUCAACAACUGAUGUCUGGGAUGAUGUCAAAUGCCAUCGGUGGCCCAGCCGCGGGUGUUGGUGGCCUCUCAGAUUUGUCCAGCCUCAUCCACGCGGGGCAGCAGUUUGCACAGCAGAUACAGCAGCAGAAUCCUGAGCUCAUAGAGCAACUGAGAAAUCACGUGCGGAGCAGAUCGUUCAGCGGCAGCACUGAGGAGCAUUCCUGACUUAAAGGAGCCCUAUAAAUUGGCACGGUAUAUAACCCCCAAAUGCAUACCAUAGUUAGUAGCAAAAGCACCAUUGUAACUCUUCUGCUUGAAUAGAAGACAGAAAAUUCUUUGUGUGUGUUCUGCAAACAAGAAUAAAUCUGUUAAACAGAUCUCUUGCACAUAACUUGGAACAUACUGUUGAUGUAUAGUUACUCCUCUGAAAAUUAACACUACAUAGACCGAGCGGUUUGUUAAAUCCCAGCAUACAUGUCAUUUUCAGUGUGUGCAUUAGAGUGAGCUCUGGGGUGUCUGAGUGAAGGACUUGUGUGGUGGACUGAUAAGCUUGCAUAAUAGCUUAAUUCUAAGAUCCUAGUGUGAAAAGCAUAUUAUGCUGAUAGCAAAAAAAUUUAUGACUGUAUUCCCUGCCAAAUGUGCUAUUGAAACAAUAAUUGGCCCUCUAAUGUACAUCUCAUAUGCCUGAUGUAAACACGUGUAAAUCAGUGUUGGAGCAUUGAGUGUAAAAGCUAAUGCUUGGAGAGCUGCUGUGGUGGGGCUGAAAGCAGCAACAUGAAACACUUUCCAGCUUCAUUUGGCAGCAGGAGGGAGACGAUUGCAGUGAGGGGAGCACCACAAACUGUGCAGAGAGGAUAGUGAUCUCAAGGAGGAUGAUGCCCGGAACCCAGAAGGGCACUGGCUGGGAGCAGGGCAGUGCUGAGCAGUUCUCCUUCCUGCUGCUGGGCGCACGGUGGCCCUGGGGGCCUUUGACACAGGCAGCACAAACUGCUGUGUUCUGUAGGGAUGCAGGGCUUCACCUCAGCUUGCAACCCUUAACUGUAACGAGCUAAAACUGGUCCCGUGACUGGACAAAUAAUUAGUACUGAUAAUUUAUCCAAAAACUGCUGUAGAAGGAAUGCAUCUCUGUAUAAUCUCAUGCAGUAAAUCACUGACUUCAAUUAACAAUAUAAGGUUUCAUUAUACACAUGUAUCCCAAGUGAUGGUUACAUGGCCAAGUUAAAGCUUUUCCAGUCUUGGGUAUUUCUAUUUCCACCCUGGCUUUUCUUGCUUGCCUAUUCGUAAUCUUUCAGAUCCUACUACUUUUCUGCAUUUUAUUUCAUUACCUGUUUUUACUCGCUGUGCCAGUUGCUUUCCGCUGCAAGGUACGUUUGUUUCUCCUUCAAGGAAACUCCAACCAUGCACAAUUCAGGUUUUGUGCAUCCAAACCUCCUCUGAGGAGCCUGCCUUGGCUUCCAAGACCAAGGGACCUCUGCUGGCAGAGCAGCGGGAGGGAAGUACAGGCAGCAGAGACUCCCAAGGGGAGAAAUACACAGGAACCCCAGGUCCCUGGGCAUUUUUAUCUGAUUCAUCUUGCAGUCAAAUCAAGAGCAUGGGAGCAAAUGGAGAAUUCAGUGUGUCAGGUCCUUGACUCUAAUAGAUGCUAGUUGUUGUAGCUAUUGUAGGAGUCUGCAGCUAUUAGAACAGGAAGAAGAGGGAACUGGAUCCAGGGGAAAAAUGAGAAAAGCAGGUGCUCCAUAAUAUCUGUUGAAUAAAGAUUUAAAUCUUAAUGAAAUUAAUUAACUCUAAAACAUUUCAUCCAAUAGUUUGCAUAAACUAUUCAAUUCUCUUUAAAAUGCUGCUUUUUAACUCUUUAGAAGUCUCAGCUGCCACAUUUCUGAUGGUAUAGAAAUGGUUAUGUAAAAAUCAAAUGCCUUUCUAGGUAACUUCUGACUUCACGUAUCAUGUACAGAGAAUCCCUAAACCUAGUCCUUUUUUAAAGGCAGUUCAGGCCUGCGAUCUCUUCAAGGUAACUGCUACCUAAAAAAAUAAUUGAGUUGCACUCAUUGGGCGGAAUACCCUAUAGUAAAAAUGGUUCCUGAGUUAUAAGGAUUAUAAAGGUUAUAACCACUGCUCUCUAAAACAGCGUGGAGGAGUGUCGUGACAGCAAGGAGCAGCAUCACCCCAGGCACAUGCACUUUGUUACAGUCCAUUUUUUCUUCUUACUUCUCCCUUUUCCACUGCUUUAAGUGAACUCAGACUUAGAUAAGGGGACCCGGUGAGCGCAGGGCAGCGCAGCUGGCGCUUACGCCGUCCCCCUGAGCUCGCCCCUGCUUUCCUCACGUGGUCCUCGUGCACGUGGUCAGCUUGCGCUGUCACAGCAGCAGCCCUGUGGAGAAACCCCUUGGUAGGUGCUUAAGAAUUGGAGAAGUGGUGUAGUUAAUAACAGCUGUGGCUAAAGGUGGUUCUGUCUUUGGUAAACACACUUUUUCCUCCUUGAUUUUUGUUGUUAAUAUUAUAUACAACAGCCCUGUUAGCUUACUGGAGUUAUGGGAGAAGUGUCCACAAGGAAAGAUUAACUAUGCAGCAAAGCAUGCUUGAGAUCAUCUUUAUAAAAUGGUAAUUUCCAUUUCACCUACUGUAAUAAUGUCAACUUAACAUUUUGCUCCAGUACAGAUUAUAGGUAACCAGAAUAUUUACCCCCACUUUGGUGACACUGCCUAACCCUUAAGGAAGGGCUGCAACUGACCCAGUACCUGACUUGUAAACAUCCUGUUUUCUGUAUAGGGACAGAAAGGGCUUUAUAUCCUGAAUAGUAAUAACAAAUAAAUAAGAAAAACUAGUGACAGUAGCUGUCGUUCCAGGCGUUCCCAGCUGAAGCAAGGCACAGAGGGCCCCUUUAUGCUCUAAUCCUGUUGGCCUUGAAUCAGUCAGUCUGUUUCACCAAGUCAGGGAGUAUUGCUUCGCCACAGGGCAAGGAAGGAACUUCCUCCUGUGUAGUAACUGCCCCUUAC